CUAGUAAGACACAUCUGGUUUAAGAAAAUUACAAAAUCAUUUUUUUUAAAAUAAAAAUUUUGUAAAAUUUUUCUUUUGGGUUUGUAAAAAUUGUGAUGGAUUACGGCAACAGUGGCGCAGAAUUCAAUUGGAACUACGUAGGAGGCGUUGGUGGCCAAGGCGGCCAAGGCAUGUCUGGCUAUAAUCCACAGGUGAGUCAGAUGAGUCAGGGCGGCUAUAGUAGCGGACAUGGUGGCGGACAGUGGCUACACUCAAAUCAAGCCAAUCCGCACUCAAACUACCAACAGGGUAUGGCCUCUAAUUCGACUCCACCGGCUGCCUAUGAGGCAUACAAUCAGUCAAUGAUGCGUUAUGCAAAUCUGCCCAAAUCUGAAGGUGGCGGGAUGGGUCAAAUGGGUAUGAGUGCCAUGAGCGGCAAUUACGGCGCUUAUGCCGCCGGAAUGAACCGCAAUGGACUCGGCCAUGCUGGCGCUGGUAUGGGUCAAGGUGCUAAUAGCGGGUAUUCUAGCUGGUAACAGACUGCCCAAAGCCGCAUUCACGUAUUUUGCUCAUCCUUAUUCUGAAGCCGAAAUUUCUCUGCCCACUUCUCAUGUUAAAUUUAUAUUAAAAAAAUUAACAAAAUAA